AUGAGUGAUGAAUCGGCGCUUAGUAUAUGCGAAGACUCAGUUAGAGAGUUCACAGAGCUGCUCGCGAAGGAUACGCAGAUUCGGUAUGCCCAAAACGCUAUAAGACGAUACAAGAGCAGUGAGGCUGUAGACGUGGACGACGAGCGCAAGAGCAGGCACAAACGCAACAUCAUAGCUGUGGAUGACAAUCUCAAGAUCAACUAUGAGAUGGUGAAGAUGACACCAGGCACGUUUAUUGAGAGCAGCGUCUCGACGUCCAAGAACAAGGCCCUCAAGGAGAAAGCUGGAAAAGUGACGAAAAUGAAGACGAACUACUACAAGAAGAGGCUGUAUAAUAUGAACGAGCAGUUCCUGGCCGAGCAGGGCACAUUAGAGCCGGUAUCCUGCAGCGACUCGCAAUCGCCUGAGAGCGCAGCGGACGCGGGAGAUGCGGGGGACACCGCAGGUGCAGCUUCGAUAGCAGACGAUGCUCCUCUGGACCAGCAGGCGAGGUGGCUAGCUGAAAUUCACAAGGACCUGCUGCAACAGUACAACACGCUUCUUCAGGAGGAGAAAAAGUGGUUUUUGAAAAAGGAAGUGCUACUGGAUGCAAACGCCAAGCUCGACCUUUUCACAACCCGCGAUGAGGACCAAAGCACAUUACAACUCGGUAGCAAGGACACCGCGGGUCUCUGCAUGUUUCACUAG